AUGAUUUGGGUUUGGGGUCUUUUCGCGUCGGUCGCGGCCGCGGCCGCCAGUGUAGAGGAUUUGAUUGGUACUUGGACUACCAAGUCCCACGAGGUGUUGACUGGUCCAGGAUUUUACGAUCCGCUCAAUGACAAGUUCUUCGAACCGAAUCUAACGGGUAUAUCUUACUCGUUUGAUUCCGAAGGACACUAUGAAGAGGCCUUUUAUCGUGCGAUAGCCAAUCCGACCGACCCAUCUUGUCCCACGGGAAUUAUGCAAUGGCAACAUGGAUCCUACGUCUUAUCCAGCGAUGGAAGCUUGACAUUGACACCGAUCGCCGUCGAUGGUCGUCAAUUAUUAUCAGAACCAUGCAAAAAGGAUACCGGCCAAUAUACCCGUUACAAUAACACCGAACAUUUCAAGGGAUUUUCGGCUACAAUAGAUCGAUACCAUGGAGUCCAGCGUCUGGAUCUCACCCAGGCAAAUGGGAAAAUCAUGCAUCCCAUGUACUUGGCCCACCGACCUCCAAGGAUGCUUCCUACAAACACAUUGAACCCAAGUCCCUCUGGUUCUCAUAAAAAACGGGCUAUCUCCGGAUCUGGCCUGCAUACAGGUCUCAACACUAUCAUCAAAGAAGAGCUCUUGAGUCCUGACCGAUGGUGGUGGUUAGGGGUGUUGAUGACUUCCCUCGGUGGCAUGGCAUUUUUCUUUUCUUAA